UCCCUGCGCGAAUCUGGAAUUAUAUUUGUGUUUUCAAAACCAGGAGCACAACAAGUGCAGCUGUUCCUUGUUCUGCGCUGGAAAAGUAACCUCUUGCCUCCUUUGCUUCGCCAUGACCGAGUCUCUUCUUCUCUCGUCCUCUCCCUUCACCGCCGCCUCUCGCAGCCUCCGGCCAUCCUCAUCACCCUGCUGCCCCUCUCCCCGAUCUGUCCUCCCCAGCCGUCGCCGCCUCGAAACCACAAGCCGCCCUCUCCCCUCCGCCUCGACCGCAGGCAGUUCGAUAUAUCCGGCUUCCUGGCUUAGGACCCCUAGUUUCGUCUCAGCUGCUGGGGCGGCGGCCUGGAGCGGGGUGGAGGAGGUCCCCCCGCCGGAGGACCGCCUCGAUGACGGCGGCGAUGGCCCUAGCUCGGUCGAGCUCGUUCCCAUCCUCAGCGAGGCGCAGUUCGAUCGUGUCAUCGCUGAGGCGCAGCAACUCGACGAGUCGGUGAUCGUGCUGUGGAUGGCAAACUGGUGCAGAAAAUGUAUAUAUUUGAAACCUAAAUUGGAAAAACUGGCAGCGGAUUACUACCCAAGAAUUAGAUUCUACUGUGUAGAUGUCAAUGCAGUUCCUCAAAGGCUUGUGACUCGGGCAGAAAUUGCUAAGAUGCCAACAGUACAGUUAUGGAAGGAUUCCAAAAAACAAGAUGAAGUAAUUGGUGGACACAAAGCAUGGUUGGUAGUUGAUGAUGUUCGGAAAAUGAUUGAGAAUGAGGAUUAAUUUGGUGCACCUUUUUCCCCUUUAUAAUAUUACAUCAUUUACUUUUCACUAUGUUUUACAGUUGUUUGGGUAUACCAAUUAUAAAUCUUGCCGGUUAAAUAAAUCAAAGUUGCACUUCAGUGCAAUCAGACUCUUUUUAUGCAAUGAACUUGACUUGUAUUUGAUGUC